UUUAGCCCACAAGCUAAAGCCCCCCAACCAGCCCAUUAAUCUCCUCUUCCUUCCUCCUUCAUUUUCUCACACUUCUUCAUUGUACUCCGUAGGGUUUAUCACAGGUAAACCCCAUUUUUAAUCUCCAAAUCUCCUCGUUUCUCUCUGUCCUAGAAAUCAAACCAACAUGGAUUCAAGAACAGACCCCCAAUUACACAAAUCUAAGAAAAACAAGAGGAAAAUUCCCAAAGUUGAUGCGACAAUCGAAAUGUUAAAGGAGAAACAAGAGAUGAACGCACCAAUUAUAGGAUACUACCCAUCUGGGUUCGACCCAUUAAAGCGCAAAAAUCCAGAAUCAAGCGACCUAUUUUUUUACAGGAAUCAAAAAAAGCUUAGAAGAGUCGAGUUUGUUGUAAAGCCAAAUGGGUCUCAAGUUGAUUAUAUAGGUUCCAAUCAUUCUGGUGAAGCUGCUGCUGGUAGAAUGAAUUCUUAUGCUAUUGCGGUUAUUAACAGGCGUUCUCAGUCUUUCAGAUUUUCUCCCAUUGCAGCUAACAGGGUUUUCAGGUUACAACCAUUGCCUAGAGCAUUAGACAUGUCUGAAAAGGAACCUGAAACUCCAGCGAAGGUUGAUGAUGCGGAGGAUAUAAGACAAAAAAAGCGGAGUCUUACUGAUCGUUAUGGUACCAAGACUGCAAUUAAGAAGGACAAGUUAGCAAUGCGGCUAAGUCAAAAGGAAGAUCCUGAUGUAAUGCCGGAGAUAAACGACAUUUUAGAGGAAACUCCUAUAGACGCGACUGCACUUAAAAGUUCCAGUUCGGACACUCCGCAUAGUGUUCCCCCACAUGAUCUCUCGGCUACAACACCUGAGAAGGCUUAUCUGCUCGAAAAAAUUAUACUCAAAGGAGAAUGGGAAUAUGUGAAAGACGUUAUGGAGCUGUUGCAAUCUGGCCAGGAGGUUAAACCAGAUGUUUACCCAAGUUACGUGUGCAAUCGUUGUUACAAAGUAGAACUGUGCAAGGACGAGACAGAGAAGGGAAAGCUAGCUGGCAUACUGUCAUAUAUUGCUCAACUCAUAAACUUCAAGAAUCGACAUUCACUUGAUGGCGGAAAAUCUUCAAAACACAAAUUCCUGCCAAGCAUAUUGUUACAGAAGUUCACAAAAAUGUUUGUGGAUGCAGAUAAAAACCGGAUCGCAGAUGACAAAAUAGGUUCCCUCAUCAGCUAUGUGCUGGUUCUCACCCUAUUUGUUGACGAGUUUCAGACAGAUUUCACAGACAUUGCCAAGGAUUUGAAGAUGAAUGCAUUGAGCCUGAGACCUUAUUUCGAGAAUCUGGGUUGCAAGAUUGCGAAGAGAAAUAAAGUGACUGUGAUGACACUUCCUGUUCCUCUCAAGUUCCCAACACUGAGGAAGAGGAGAAGAGGGUAAAUGAUGCAACGGUGGCUUCUGCUAUGGUUAGCUUAAUUCCCAUUGAUUCCUCCAAGAGCUUUUUGCGACACUGUCUGUCACAAACCGAGUGCAGCUACCGAAAAUGGUACUUGAUUAAUUAUUUUCUGGAAUAUCAGUAACAGAAACAUGGUUUGGUACUGCAAGCUCUAGCACAAGAACAGCAGCUGAGAAAGAAAGAAAGACAGAAAGAAAGAAAGAAAGAAAGAAAGAAAGAAAAUGAAGAAAAGGUAAAGUUAGCGAUUAUAACUGCAUAGUGAAGUGAUUGUUAUUCUUUCUUUUGUGUUUGGCUAAAUAUUACUGGUUUGAAACUGGAUAGACAUGUUUUUAUGUAUUUUUGGAUUCAUAAUGGCUAAACUUUGAUAUACAAUUGCUAUUUUAGGAAGUCUGUCAAUUUGUUAUA